AACUACCGUACUAUUGGUUUGCUAUACUAGAAGCUCUAAGUGGUCGGCUUCCAAGUUGCGAUCGAAGCAAGAGCUGUGGAAACCUUGCGUCGUUAUCUCUCCCCAAAAAGAUUAUGCUACGCGAUGGAAUCAGCCAUGUUCCAAAUGCCAAAAGCAGUGUCGAACUCCUUCGAGAAAGCCUUUUGAAAGAAAGUAGAAGAGCCAUCCAAAGGAAAAGGGAGAGUGCUAAAUUUCUUAGUUCAUUGUUAGACACGAACGAAACAUCGCCAUCGACAUCGCCAUCGCCAUCGCCAUCGCCAUCGCCAUCGCCAUCGACAUCGCCAUCGACAUCGACAUCGACAUCGACAUCGACAUCGACAUCGACAUCGACAUCGACAUCAACAUCAACAUUAACAUUAAUAUCAACAUUAACAUCAACGUCUUCACAAACAAUAAGAUCAGCAUCAGACUCUGGUGCUCAGAAAGAAAACUUCGAAACCAAGAGUCGGAGUUCGAAAGUUUCUAAACGCUCUUCAGAAACCAAACUAAUGAAUUCUUUCAACCAGUUUUUGAGCACAGAAACAGCCAAAUCUUGCAGUCAUUCCAACCGACCAUUAGCAUCUGGUACAAUGGAGGAGAACACAGAAAAYUGCGACAGUGUCGCUCCAGAUCAACAGUCCGCAGAAGUAACUGACAGUAAUUCGGCUUCAAGGUCGUACCGAUCAAGGGCUCGGUACCACUCGUCAAGGUAUACCGCAACAUUGUAUUCUACUAAAGUAUCCUACAAGCCCAAAAAAGACUUUCCAGAAAAGAAGGAAGCAGAGUACGAGUCUUCAAAAACUCAGUCUAGAUGGCGGAAAACAGUAGAAAGCAUCAUGAGGACGAGAUCGAAAAGCCGAUCACGGGUGGAGAGCGAAAGUCCAUCAAGAUYGCAAAGUACCUCACGUUCAAAAAAGACCAAUAGUCGACGACGACUAAAAAGCGAAAGUCCAUCAAGAUCGCGAAGUUUUUUAGGUUCGAACAUUAUCACUCAUAGUCGUCGACUGAAAAGUGAGAGCCCAACACGGUCUAAUACUACUUCUGGUUCGGAAAAGACCAGUAGUCGACGAAGACUGAAAAGUAAUAGUGAAACUAGGUCUGAAAGUCCUUCGGAAUCAAAUGCUAAUAGUCGACGAAGACUGAAAAGUGAAAGUCCAACAAGGCAUGAAAGUACUCUGGGUCCAAAAGAGUACAAUAGUCGACGACUGAAAAGUGAAAGCCCAACAAGGCAUGAAAGUACUCUGGGUCCAAAAGAGUACAAUAGUCGACGAAGACUGAAAAGUGAAAGUCCAACAAGGUCUGAAAGAACUUUAGUUUCGAAAAGAACGAAAAGUCGGCGACGGAUGAGAAGCGAAACUCGACCUGGACAUAAAACUAGUACUUCUUCUUCUAGGGGGGGGGAAGAUAAAGAGAAACAAACUGAUGGGAUCAAAGAAAUUGAAUAUGAGACUUUUUUGGAUUGCUCUAAUUCCUUCAACUCACCCGUCGUGAAAUCUACCAAUCCAAGAAAUAUUGAAUCUGAAAAAAAUGAAUUACAGUGGCAUUAUGCCAUCAUGAGACACGAUUGGGAUGACAUCAAAACAAUGCUCCAGUCAUACGACCACACAAAAUACCGCAAGCAAACGAACACGACUCAACAAAGAUCAAGAAUUUUAAAUAUUGUCAGGGACAAAACAAAAAUCAUUCAACGAUCGCCUCUAUUAAAUGUGGAUAGAAAGGGACGAACUCCAUUGCAUUGGGCAUGUAAAGAGAACAUGCCGUACUGGCUUCUGUUUCGCCUCUUAUUUGUAGYGCGAACAGCAGCGUCUAUUCAAGAUAAUGAUGGAAGGUAUCCAUUGCAUUUGGCAGUAAUUAACUGCCCAGACAAUAAGAUUUUGGAUCGAGUUAUUCGUGCUUAUCCCGAUGCUUUGUGUUCUCCAGAUUAUCUGAAUCACAUACCUAUGCAGUAUGCCCUUCUCAAAGCAGAUCGAUCUCGACAAGGGAACAAAUGCAUAACUUGGAACCAUCCCAUUACGAAAGAGCAUGCCUCAGACCAACUUAGCCAGACAGAGUCCUUCGAGACUGUUCUAUUUAUUCUACAGACUAUGGCAUCGAGACGUAAAGGUUUCACCAUGUCUCUCCAAAACAGUUGUCUAAUUCCAUCAAUACGACUCUUUGCUCCACCCCCAGUGGUUCAUCUAAUCGUGAGCCUUAGCAUGAAAAUUUUAGAAAAGGAUCAAACAAUGUCAGAGGAUCUUUUAGGUUUGGUGUUUCGAUUGAAGUAUCCGCUAAACGUCGUCAACAAAGUGCUUGAGAUAACUUCUAAGAUUAUUCCUAGAUCCCAUUUCUUAAAAGUGAUCCGGCAAGAAUUGAAUGAUCACUUUAAUGAGGGUUGGGUCGAAUUCUCAAUCGAAGGUUCGCAAGGAGAGGAUAUUUGUGAUUGCUUUGCACAGCAGUUUGCGAACAGCAUUCGAAGCGAUUCUCAAGUUGAAGAAGUUGAAACUUAUUCCGCUUACCAAGAAUGGGGGGAAAAACUUCGCUAUCUGAUAACGAAGUCUAGCAAUCAACCAAGUGGUAGCAAGAACGACACUUUAUUGCACACAGCAUUAAGCAAUCCCACAUCACAACCCUCAAUGAUCGAAUAUAUAUGCCGACUGAAUCCGGGUGCAAGAUAUAAGAUUGACAAUUCUACUGGCGCAUUGCCAAUUCAUAUUGCUUGCAUGUACUGGCAUCCAGAAAAAUAUGGGGUCGGGGAUGAAAUAUCUCGGAGAAAAGCUUUCAAUUUGUUGUUGGCUGGAGACUUCGACUUAGUGCGCAGAAGUUGCAAUGGGCGUAUUCCUCUCCACUAUGCCAUUCUACACGGGAAACCGUUAUCGUUUGUCCAAAGUCUUCUGAGUCUUGACUUGACGACAACUUUGAUUCCUGAUCCCGUAACCAAGCUGCUUCCAUUCCAACUGGCUUCAAUGUCAAAUGAAUACGAAGACUACAUACUCGCAAACACGGCAUCGUCUCGUUCUCUGCGCUUGGAUUCGAAAUUAGGAACGCAGCAMACGAAUGUGAUUUAUCAUUUGUUACGGGCAAACCCCCGCGUUCUUUCUUCCUCAACCAAAAAGAAUGAUCCAGAAUCAGAAAUGAAUCCGUUAACUCGACAUGUACUCAAAUUGUGUUAUGACAUUGUGCCAUGUGGUGAUAAAAUGGUAUGGAAUUUGAACUUUAAACGCAAGUAUAUGGUGCGCCACGCCAUCGAAAAACAUCAUAUGCCAGAUGAAAUGAAAGAGUGGUUUAUGACUCUUGAGGAGCUGAUAUGGGACGCCUGCGACGCACGAAAAGGGCCAGAUUCGGAUUCAACAACCAAGUUGAGACGCUCAGACGAUAACUUUUUGUAUGCUACUCUUUUGAAUAGUACCGAUAUUCCUCAUUUUGCGAUCGAGCUCAUCCUCGAAUUCUUUCCCCCAACAGCACAUCGAAAUGGCCAUGUUGCGACACUUCCGCUACACACAGCUGCACAGGUAACACCCUAUCUUCCUCUACCAUUCGAGCAGCCGCUUUCCAUGGACUCAACCCUAGAAAUGAUCACUUUAAUGGACAGCUCUUCGUUGAUUCUCAAGACAAAGGAUGGGAGACUACCUAUUCAUCUGGCAAUUGCAUCUGGCAAGGGAUGGAAGCAUUUGAGAGCAAUGGUUGCCAUAGCACCCCAAACUUUGUUGAUUCGYGACCCAUCUUCCGGUCUAUUCCCUUACCAGAUGGCUGCGUGCGGUAGUGCAAUAAUUCCCAAUAACAGGGAAAUUAGUGCGAAAAUGGCUGAUCCCAAGCUAAAGAGUGUUAGUACGAAAGAUAAUGCUCAGCUGUUGCGUUCCCUGUGUAACAARCACGAGCUAGAAAAGUUGAACAGCAUCUUCCAUAUGAUUCGAGCCAAACCAUCUGUGAUUGGYAUGUGAUAAUAUGCUUUCAGACAUGAAACAACAGAUUCAAGAAUUUAACUUCUGCUGUAGAAUAUUGUAUGGAAAGAAGAUAGAAAGUUGGGCGCUCGUUAUGCUGAUUGAAGUUUAAUCAGCCCCUUGAUUGGAUUUCACACUCUGGUGUCAGAGUGUACGCCUAUUAACAGGGAACCAGAUCCCAUCUUGUCUAGUUUCUUGCUACUACUAGURUUUUGCAAGUGAUUUUCAGCUCAGAAAAGCUCCAACAUUAGACAGAGCUUGGAAAAGUUGGAGCUAGCUCUGAAAGCGUCAAAGAAGCUAGAUCUCAUCACUCUGUGUUAUUUGCUAGCAUUUUCAYGAUGCUUCCCCCAUAUGACCAUAUGAUCAAUAGAUAGCAAGACUUUGG